AUGGCGUUUCAAGACCUCCUCUCUCAAGAAAUGGUCCUCCACCACCAACACUUCACAGACCAGCACCUAUCCGAAAACGCUACCGUUUUACGAGGACUUUUACCGGAGUCAACGUCCGAUAGUGCCGCCGGAAAAGCACCGCCAACAUGGCUGCUCCGCCAACAAAACCCCCAGCACCACCACUUCACCGGCAGCGAUAAUAAUUUCCUCCACCUCCAGACAACGAACUCGGACUCGUCCAAUUCAAACCAGUGGCUUCUGAAACAGAACGACGACGGCUCGACUAUGAACCAAGAGAAGACGAUGGCUUGUAAUGGAGAAAGUGAGAAUAAUGGUGAAGAGAGCUGUGGUGAUUGGGAGAGAGAUAGGUGUAAAGCGGAGAUUGUGAAUCAUCCGUUGUAUGAUCAGUUGUUAUCGGCGCAUGUGCAGUGCCUGAGAAUCGCUACGCCGGUGGACCAGUUGCCGAGGAUCGACGCUCAGCUGGCUCAGUCGCAGCAUGUGGUGGCUAAGUAUUCGGUACUCGGCGGACAUGGAAGUCAUGCUCUUGAUGAUAAAGACCUCGAUCAGUUCAUGUAA